CCACUGUCCCCCCACGUCCCCCCAGGGGGUCCCCCCAAUGCCCCCCCGACUCCUGGGGACCCCCUGACCCCCCCUGUCUCCCCCAGGACGGGGGUCUCCAGCCCGGCAGAGCCCCCGGCCCGGGGCGGCAGCGCAGCGAGUUCAGCCUGAUGGCCAAACGCAUCGGGAAGGACCUGAGCAACACCUUCGCCAAGCUGGAGAAGCUCACCAUCCUGGCCAAGAGGAAAUCCCUGUUCGACGACAAGGCCGUGGAGAUCGAGGAGCUCACCUACAUCAUCCGCCAGGACAUCACCAGCCUGAACAAGCAGAUUGCUCAGCUGCAGGAGCUGCUCCGGGCCCGGGGGGGCCCCGGCGGGCGCCACGUCCACUCCCACUCCAACACCGUGGUGGUGUCGCUGCAGUCCAAACUGGCCUCGAUGUCCAACGACUUCAAGUCGGUGCUGGAGGUGCGGACGGAGGUGAGUCCUGGGGGCUUCUCCCCCCUCCCUUUGUCCUCUGUUUCCAAAUUUCCU